AUGGCGGACGCAUCGGGAAACACGCUCAAGCGUCCUCACCCUGAGGAUAAUGGAAACGACUCUCAGAAAAGACCCCGUUCGAACCAUGGGUCCCCAGUACCGGGCUCAGCUGGCGCUGCUGCCGGUAAAGUCGAUAUCGAAAAGAUGAUGGCUGAAGCCCGGGCAAAGGCAGAAGCUGUACGCGCUCGGCUGCAAGCUGCGCGCGGCGGUGCGACACCCCCCGUGCCCCCGACCGAGUCGAGUCCCAGUCCCGCACCGCCAGCAUCGACACCUGCCAUGUCAAGAUUGGAACAAAUGAAGGCCAGAGUAGCAGCGGCUACGGCGAAGGCAAACGCACCUGCGCAGCGACCCGAGGCACCCGCGCCAUCAUACCAACAACCUCAAGCAUUCGACGACGAUAGUUUUUCAAAAGCUCGUGGCGGUCUCGAUGUCGGCCUUCAUCCAGCCCUACUUUCGGACGCUACCCCAGUCUAUUCGGGUAGCAAAGGUCGACAGCAGAAGGGGGACAAAGCAGGAAACCGUGGCAAGCAACUCGAUCUAUCGGGGCCAUCCAUUGAGGAGAUCAGAAACAAUCCUUAUUUCGAUCCUAGCCUUGGGCCGAAGGCGACCAUCGCCAAGCCUCGCCAAUCGCGAGAGCUCAGUUUCAAUCAGAAAGGCAAAUAUGUUCAACAGGCGAUAAACCUACGUCGGGCGGAACAGUUGGAAGCUAUGAAGAAGCGAAUCGCGGAGCGAGCUCGUCUAGCUGGCAUUGAUGAGGAUAUGGAUGUGGAAAAGUCAUAUUCUGUCCCUGCUCCUCCAGCAGUGGAAUGGUGGGACGAGAGAUUUAUCGACGGCAGCGACUAUAAUGCCAUUGAAGACCCAUCAAAAUUGAAAAUGGACAUCAUUACCCACUAUGUUCAACAUCCCAUCCAACUCGAACCACCACAAGAGAAGCACAUGCCUACUCAGAAGCCCAUGUUCCUCACACCGAAGGAACAAGCGAAGAUUCGUCGGCAACGCCGCAUGGCAGACUUGAAGGAGCAACAAGCCAAGAUUCGAUUGGGUCUUGAGCCCGCACCUCCGCCCAAGGUCAAGAAAUCCAAUCUGAUGCGAGUUUUGGGAGAACAGGCAGUCAAGGAUCCGACUGCCGUGGAGGCCCAGGUGAACAGAGAGAUUGCGGAGCGUAAAGAGCAGCACCUUCUCAUGAAUGAAGAGCGCAAGUUGACUAAAGAUCAACGACGCGAGAAGCUAGAAUCCCAGCAAGAAAAGGAUGCAGCUUUGGGUAUCUUCAUGUCUGUCUAUCGGAUCGAUAGUCUUGCCAGUGGGCGAAACCGCUUCAAGAUUGGCAAGAAUGCGGAACAAAAUAAAUUGACGGGAAUUUGCAUCGUGCAUCCAAGGUUGAACCUCGUCAUUGUUGAAGGCGGCAAGCACUCCGUGAACAAUUACCGAAAACUGAUGCUGAACCGAGUUGACUGGACUGAGAAUCCUGGCCCAACUACAUCUGACCGCAACCGCGAAAGCGAGCCGUUGUGGUUGUCUACGGAGGAUGAUAAGGGUGAAGCACGAGACUUCAGCCAGAACACAUGUAAUUUGAUCUGGGAAGGUCAAUCCAAGUCUCGAUUAUUCAAGAGAUGGGUGGGAGCCAGAGUUUGUGAGACAGAAUCGGAGGUCAAGGCUGCUUUGUCCCGUACCAAUACCGAGAACUUCUGGACGUUGGCAAAGAGUUUCAAGCCAGCGGAGUUCUAA